AAAAUAUCUCCCUCGCUGACAUAAGCGUCACUAUCACACGCUAUUGUACACAUUUGCUCCACAAAUUUACAAACUUAGAGGUGUAAAAGUAAUAGUACAUGCGACUGAAUAAGAAUAAUUAGUAUACAAACACAAAAAAUAAGCGAUAAACCCCCAAACUAUGUCAGAUUACAAUCCUUGUUGCUUCUGUUUGGGUGGCGACACAGACGUCCCGCCCUUUGGCAAGCUUGAAGACGCACAAGAUUUUGUCGAACCCUGUGAAAGAUGUUCCCUCACAACCCAUAGAAAAUGUCUACUUGAUUGGUUUAAUUCGCUUCCAGCUGAUAAGUUGAAAGUUAUGGACUGUCUGUUUUUGACAAACACAACUGCCAGACACUCUGGGGAACACUCUGAACUGCAUUCUCAAUAUUCUACCCCAGAUUCCCCAGGAGAAGAAGAGGCACAAGAAGAAGAAAUCCCCACCGUCAUUGCGGAGAAUGCAGACGAAUGGGGGUUAGCUCUGUCAUAUUUUGAGAUAAGACUCUCAGGGCAGCUGCUCAACAGACUCAUGACAACCAUGUCCUCUGGUCUUGGAAGCCAUCUCAGUAGCGAGGGCCCACUUGCCCAGGGUCGGCUUGUACUCUUGGUUGCUUCUUGCCCUCAAUGUAAAGGAGAUGUCACGUUCAGUAUGAAACGUUCUCAAUUACUUGCAUUGAAUUCAGGAGUGCGUACAUUGGUAACUAGAACAGUACAAGCUGGAUGUGUAUUCACCAUAUUAGCGUCUGCUGUCACUGGGGUUCUUUCGAUGUCAUAUAUUGGUCUUUCCACUUGUGGUCUCAAGAUUAUGGACUCAAUAGUGCCAGGUCCGCUACUUGUCAAUAUCCUCCGUAAACCGACUAUACCGGGUGCAUCUCUCACCCUGUUAUUUGAUUUGAACUCUUAUUCUGUCGAUACUAUGGAGAUGGCGUUAUCUAGGGGAAUAAUAGACCCCUUUAAGUUUUCCAGAAUCCCUGUAUUACCGCUAGUACUCUAUCGCAUGAGAUCUUCAUCUCUCAUAAGUUGCAUAGUGGGAUCUACCGGAUCGAGGAGUAUUCACUCAACUACGGGAUCAACAACUAACAAUACAUCUACCAACAAUAAUACCAACAAUACCGACAAUAUUGCCAACCAUACGAGCAAUAACGCCAAUGCCUGGAAAGAUACCAGUAAUAAUAUGCAAGCAUGGAUCACUGAAAUAAUGAUCAAUGGAUACAUUUCAGGUUUAGGUAAUCAUGAACUUGCACAAACAAUCUUUUCAAACUUUAUGAACUCCAAAUCUCUUCUUGCAAAAGUUGACUUUUGGAAUGUAAACAACAUGAUCUCCAUGAUUAUACCUCUCAGAUGGCUGUAUGAUCUCCUAUACCGGUUGACCCUUAAUAGGAUGCAUUUCAAUCUAACCAUGAAAAUUCGUCCUCGAGAUAUUGCCAAUAGUUUAGAUCCGAUAGAAUUAGACCAUCUUGAACAAUUGGGAUCAAAUAUAGCAAAUUAUGAAGGCGAUUUUGCAUAUCUUUAUAAAAAAGCAGGUCAAAUAGUUGACUCUGAGUCCCGCAACUCUCUGCCUUCAUUCUUUAGUCCAUUGAUUAAAUCGAUAAAGAGGAAAGUAUACUAUUACCAAGCUUGUCAGAAAUCGGAUCUUCCCCUGCAAUACUUGCGUGCACGUUUUGCAUCGUGGAUGGCUGGAACUAAAGCAUGUAUUAAACAUGAUUACUCAACCACUUUGCUCUACAAAUCAUUUACUUUGAGAUGUGUUACAUCUAUAUUAUGGCCAUUCCUCAGUUCCAAGGUUGGGUCAAUUUUGUUUAAAAGCUUACUCAAGUAUAGUCGUAAGUUUGAUCAUAUCCCAAAGUCCAAACUUUUGCUUCUUGCCAACAUCAUUGGAUUAUUAGGAGUCGUUUUCAUUAAGGACUGUUUCAACCUUUACUUGUGUUCCAAGAAGGCAAAUCAAAUUUCUGACAUGCUUGUCAUGAGUGAUGUUAUGAAUGACCUAGGCACCAAGGUAACUGAAUUCGCAAAUAUCGAAGCGGGCGAGUAUCAGGACCCAGAAAUUGAUGACUUUUCCUUUAGAAUGCCAGGUGGCUAUUCACUGCCAUAAUAUCAGAUUAUAAAAGACACACAAACGUUUUGCAUUGGAGAAAUCUCUACAUGAAUAAAUUCGGAAUUUGUAGUAUACAAGGGCAAUUAAAUUACAUAGGUUAACAAAAUAAAUCGCAAGUUUAGCAAUAAUAAAACACAAUUA